CUCCCUACAUGUCACUCUUGGGUUUAGGGGGGAAAAAUAAUGCAACUCUUUAUAGGAACAAAAAAAAUUCGUUUUUAUUUAACCGUACCUUUCCUACCUCUUAAAAUUUCAAAAAGGGAAAUACUCUAUUAGUACAGUCUACAGAAAUCUGCAAGGAACUUUUCAAAAGGUUCCCUGGAGGAGGAUGCUGUGUUAUAAUAGAGCUAGUCCUCGAAGUAUCUUUAUUACUUGGCUAGCAAUUCUUAAUAGGCUUUACACUACUGAUAGAAUGCAAAAUUGGGGUCUGAACUGCUCUGAUGAUUGUGUGUUAUGUUCUGGUGGAAAGGAGUCAGUAGAACAUCUGUUUUUUGCUUGUUCUUUUUCUGCUACAAUCUGGCAAGCUGUGCUAAAGAAAUUGGGGAUUCAUAGGAGGAGUGCAGGCCUUGCUUAUGAGCUUGGAGAGGCAGCCAAAGCUAGCAAGAAAACUGGUUGCAUUGCUAAGCUUUAUGUUAUGUGCUUCACAGAAACAAUCUACAGCAUAUGGCUUAUGAGGAAUUCUGUUGUUUUCAGGAAUCAUGUGAAAUCAUCUGAGUAUCUUGUUAAAGAAAUUUUGUUUCGAGUGGCUUGUAGAAGUUCUGAUGAACUGAGAAGUAGAUUACUGCAAGAUUAAUUGUUUCUUGUAGUUUGAGGCCUAGUGGUCUGAUUUCCAUGUAUUCCUUGGGUUUUUUUGCCCUUGCUCUUUGGUAUUAAUAUAAUCCUAUUAUUAAUUGCCCAAAAAAAAAAAAAAAAUUCAAACACGUACACACUUCUACUUAUAACUUUCCACCAAUAAAUAAUUGUCACUACUUAUCACAAUGGCAUGACCUCUCAAACAUAAUAGGACAUAACAAAUAACCUGUGUCAGUUUAAUCUUUUACGGGGUAAUUUAAAGUACGACAUAAUAAGUAUGAAAAACACUAAAAAGAAAAGUGUGUAAGAUAUUUACCUGCAAAUGGAGGGCAAUUCUUGAGGAGUAGGAGGAUGAGGAGCCAUGAGACAAUAAAAAGAGUCCCUCCAAUUAGUACUAAGCCCACUAUACAAAUCAUAAUUACUAUUGUAAACCACUUUCUUAGUGACAUCCCUUGUAUAAUAACCUUUCUUAACCUCAAUAUCUUGCUC